AUGCGCGUGGGCUACCUCGCGCUCAUCGCCUUCUGCGCCUUUGCUGUGCGCCGCGCCCUGCACAUUCCCCCAGACCCCUCCGUCUCAGACUUCGUAUCGGAGCACACGAGCAGCAAGUGGGCCGCAGCCGCACGAGCGCAAGCAGCAGCAGCAAGGGAGAAAGGCGGAGAGGGGGCGGGAGUAAGCCACGGGCUGGGAGCAGCGCUGGCAGCGGCAGCAGCAGAUGGCAUAGACGAGCAGUUACUCCAGCGGCAGCAGCGCUGGUCUGAGAAGCCCACAUCGCUGUGCUUCGGCCACGGCAAUCUCACGCUGCUCACUGUCGCACUGGACUUGCCCCAGGACUAUGUGGUGUUGAUGCGGCGCAACCGGCUGCUAUACUGUGCGCUCCAUGCAUGCAGAUACUGCGAGGUGGCUGUUAGCCUAGACUAUGUGCGCCCCCACGCCUGGUCCAAGGUGCGGGCCAUGCUGCUGGUGCUCUCCUUUGCAGACACAGUGGUGCACAUAGACGCGGAUGCGCUCAUCCUCAACCACACGCUCUCCUUCCACUCGCUGCUCGACCUUCCCACACCCUACAACACGUCGCGCAGCGAUGCUGUGUACACCAUGGGGUACCGGUAUGGCCGGUAUGCGGAGCCGAGGGCCGAGUCACAGGUCAACACAGGCGUGUAUGUCAUGCGCAGCACGGCUUGGAGCAAGUCGUUCCUGGAGGCGCAGUACCAGUUCUACCACUCAUCCAUCAGGCAGGAGUUCUGGGACCAUGACGCCAUUGACCUCUACCGCCUCAAGCACCCGGAGGAUUUCCAUGCCCACGUCAGCAUCAUCCCAUACAGGUACAUGAGUGUGCCGUGCAGCCACACGCAGAACGAGUACACGCCAGGGGACUUUAUAGUGCACUAUGCAGGCGGGCACAACAUUGGCAAAUAUGAGCGCCUCUCCAAGAUGUUCCUAGAGUAG